AUGAGUAUGCACGCAGUCCGGUGGCAUGGCGAUGAGAAUGGCAUGUCCCUGAAGUACGAAACAGUAGACAAACCGCACCUCCGACCGGGAUGGGUAAUGGUGAAGAAUGCCUGGUCUGGGAUUUGUGGCUCUGACUUGCACGAGUAUUGCUAUGGGCCUAAGAAUGGACCUUUGACGCCGCAUCCGGUGACUGGAGAGUCUCUGCCAACUGGCGUUGGCCACGAGUUCUCUGGCACAGUCCAUGCAGUCGGAGAAGGGGUGUCGGAUCUGGAAGUCGGCCAGAAGGUGGUUGUAUUUCCGUCGAUCAUGGACCACACCUGUCAUUACUGCCACGAGGAGAUAUUUGGUCUGUGCGAGUCAAGAGGCUUCAUGGGCUACAGCGGUUACGGUGGAGGCAUGCAAGAGUACGUCUGUGUUGAACGGAUCGCCAUCCACAAAGUGCCACACCACGUUCCUUUGGAUAUUGCUGCCCUAACUGAGCCGCUGGCGGUGGCAUGGCAUGGGGUGCUUUUAUCUAACCCAAAACCCGACCAUGUCGCCCUCGUUCUAGGCGCAGGGCCCAUCGGUGUCAGUGUCAUAAUGGGGCUGCAGGCGCACGGAGUCCAGAACAUUUAUGUGUCUGAGCCGUCCGAGCAGCGUGCUGAAAGGGCAAUGGCAGCCGGCGCGACCAAGGUGUUCAAUCCGGCCAAAGACAACAUUGUCGCAUCUAUCCAAGCGGUGAGCGAUGGGCUUGGUGCUCAUAUUGUAUUUGAAUGUGCUGGGGUGCAGAGCGCAUUGGAUGCUGCGUUUGCGGGGGCGAGGGGGAAAGCGAGAGUCAUUGAACUGGCUAAAUAUCCACAGCCAGUCUCAGAGUUCCAGGAAGUGGUUGAUGCUGUUGCCUCCGGGCGCAUCGGAGCUCCAGGCGCUAUGGUUACUGCCAGGAUUCCACUUCAGGAUGCCAUUUCUGGCGGGUUCGAAGAAUUGCUGAAAACAAAGGACAAGCACUGCAAAAUUCUCGUUCAGUCCGACUCGUUGUCCGCCGAGAAUCUGGUGUAA